CUCUCUUUUCUCUUCUCUCUCUCUCGCACACACCUGGAAAUACUGAAAUCCGUUUGAUUUGGAUCAAUGCUGCAUUUUCGACGGUAAACCUUUCAUCUCUCAUCUUCUGUCUCACAACCCGGCAAAAGCACCUCCUUCGAGAGGCAAUUGGUGAUUCCGUUCCGAUCGAGCCCUCUCCUCUUUUUUGUUUUAGUUUCUUUUUUCUCCCUCUUGCUGUCUGGUUUUCUUUCUAUUCUUUUGUUCUUCCUUUUUUUCUUUUCUUUGUUCGUCUUCAAUGAUCGAAGACGACGUGAGAUAGAGGGGGAAGGAUCGAAAGAAAAGAAGAAAACCCAAAACAAGAGCAAUAAUAGCUUUUACCCACUUCAUUUCCGGGUAUUCUUGUUGUUGUAUAUGAAUAAUGGAAUUGGAUAGCAUUGAAUGCGUCUCAUCCUCGGACGGGAUCGAUGAGGAAGAGAUCCAUCACCAUCAGUUCUCCUCCAAGCCCCACAACAACGUCGUUCCGUCCGCGAUUUCUCCGGCCACCAGCGUCCAUGAGCUGCUCGAAUGUCCCGUCUGCACCAAUUCAAUGUACCCACCUAUCCACCAGUGCCAUAAUGGGCACACGCUAUGUUCUACCUGUAAAACAAGGGUGCACAAUCGAUGCCCUACUUGUAGACAGGAGCUAGGAGAUAUCAGGUGUCUAGCCUUGGAGAAAGUGGCCGAGUCACUUGAACUGCCCUGCAAGUACUGCUCAUUGGGCUGCCCAGAGAUCUUCCCCUAUUAUAGCAAGCUCAAACACGAGGCACAAUGUAACUUCCGACCAUACAACUGCCCAUAUGCUGGAUCAGAAUGCUCAGUUGUUGGAGAUAUUCCUUUUCUGGUGGCCCAUCUGAGGGAUGAUCACAAAGUGGACAUGCACACAGGAUGCACAUUCAACCAUCGUUAUGUCAAGUCUAAUCCCCGUGAAGUUGAAAAUGCCACUUGGAUGCUUACAGUCUUCAAUUGUUUUGGUCAGUACUUCUGUCUGCAUUUUGAAGCCUUCCAGCUUGGCAUGGCUCCUGUUUACAUGGCAUUCCUCCGCUUCAUGGGUGAUGAGACCGAGGCUCGCAACUACAGCUACAGCCUAGAGGUUGGGGCAAAUGGGCGUAAACUCAUAUGGGAGGGCACCCCACGGAGUAUCCGUGACAGCCACCGAAAAGUCAGGGAUAGCCAUGAUGGACUAAUCAUACAGCGUAACAUGGCACUUUUCUUCUCUGGUGGGGAUAGGAAGGAAUUGAAACUGCGAGUUACAGGGCGGAUAUGGAAGGAGCAACAGAAUCCGGAUGCUGGGGUGUGCAUACCCAAUCUAUGCAGCUGAGAAGAGAUGCAUUGUAUGGGUCCGUCCGUCCGUCAUACACGCAACUUGGUUGUCCGUGUUUGACGAAUCACUCUUCUUGUCUCUGUGUGUAUUGUACGUACCGUACGUGUGCCAACUGCCAACUUGUCUUGUGGUAAAAUUGCUACAAAUGAAGAUGUUGGAGAGUCUGAAAGAUGUAUGGACACGCUGGAAGAUUGAUCUUCUGCACACUGCUAAUAAGCAACCAUUUUUUUUUUCUUACUGUAGACGGUAAUGAGAUAUGUUGUGGGACUUUGUUUAUGUGGAACUUUGUAUUAUUAUUAUU